UUAUAGCAAUCAAGUUGAAUUGAAAAAGAGCGGUGGGUGGGAAUAGUAAUAAUAGGAAUAGGAAUACGAAUACCUGUUUUGUUUGUUUGUUUUGUGGUUAAAAUCACGAACGGUGACGUGGCAUAUCCAAACUCCAUUCUAAGUAUUAAACCCCCAAAUCUCAUUCUUUCCGGUCACCGUUCUCUUUCCUCCGUCGUCGUCGUCACCGGGUAAAAGUUUCUUCUGAGUUUGUGGAAAAGCUUUAAUUAAUGUACUACAGAAGCACCAAUAUUGCGGCUAGGAUUUUCGAUCGUCAAAUUUGCACUCCUGCUCCUGGCACUACUGUUCAUCAUGCUCGGCGAUUCUAUGAAAAUUUGGUUCCAAGUUACACAAUAUAUGAGGUUGAGUGCCCAGACCAUUCAUUUCGUAAAUUCACAGAGGAUGGUCAAUACCUUAUAAGUUUCAGCAGAAAUUAUCAAGAGUUGAUUGUUUAUAGGCCUAGAUGGCUUUCUUAUUCAUGCAAUGAUGAAGAUUGUGAUAAACAUGAUUUGCCAUCAAAAGCAAGAAGAUUUGACAGUUUUUUCACCCAAUUAUAUUGUGUACCACUUGCUUCUUGCAAUGAACUCAUAUGUAAAGAUUUCUUUCUUUACAUGGAAAGCAAUCAAUUUGGACUGUUUGCCACUUCUACGGCCCAAAUUCAUGAUGCACCUGCUGUUGGAGGAGCUGUCCAGGGUGUUCCUUCAAUAGAAAAGAUAACUUUUCACCUUUUGAGAAUGGAAGAUGGAGAGAUCCUUGAUAAGAAAGUCUUCAGUAAUGACUUCGUUAAUUUGACCCAUAAUAUGGGUGUCUUCUUGUAUGAUGAUCUAUUGGCAAUCGUAUCACUUCGCUAUCAAACUAUACACAUUCUUCAAAUUAGGGACUCUGGGAACCUUGUUAAUGUACGUGCUAUUGGGGAAUUCUGCCGUGAAGAUGACGAACUUUUUCUCAAUUCAAAUGCUCAGGGCAUGUCAUUGUCUGACAGAAAUAAACAGCAGCAGGUACCUGAGAACCGUUUAGAAAAUCACAUGCAUCAAGGUCAGCUUAAUACAGAGAAUUCGUUUUUAAGUGGUAUAAAGCAGCGAUUGCUUUCAUUCAUAUUCCAGGGAAUAUGGAAUGAAGAAACAGAUGAUUCCUUGAGGAUCCAAAGACUUAGGAACAAGUUUUACUUCCACUUCCAAGAUUAUGUUGAUUUGAUUAUCUGGAAGGUGCAAUUCUUGGACCGACACCACUUGCUAAUUAAGUUUGGUAGUGUAGAUGGAGGGCCUCAGGUGUCAAGAAAUGCUGAUCAUCACCCAGCUUUUGUUGCUAUAUAUAACAUGGAUACCACCGAAAUUGUAUCUUUUUAUCAGAAUUCAGCAGACGAGCUUUACAUGUUGUUUGAGAAAUUUUGUGACCACUUUCACGUCACAUCAAGGAAUUCAAUGUAUAUGAAUUUCGUAUCAUCUCAUUCAAAUAAUAUUCAUGCACUGGAACAGCUACGGAGCAUAAAGGAUAAGGCAAGCAACUCUUCACAGUUUGUGAAGAAGAUGCUUGCCUCUUUGCCUUUUAGCUGUCAAUCACAGAGUCCUUCUCCGUACUUUGACCAAUCUCUUUUCCGGUUUGAUGAUAAGCUAAUUUCUGCAACUGACCGGCAUAGGCAAUCAACUGACCAUCCAAUCAAGUUCAUUUUAAGGAAUUCUCCAUACACUCUCAAAUUUAAGAUCAAACCAGGUCCUGAAGCUGGUAGUAUGGAUGGUCGUGCAAAAAAGAUCUCUUCGUUUCUUUUUCAUCCAAUUUUGCCCUUUGCUCUAUCUAUUCAACAGACUUUGUUCCUGCAACCUUCGGUUGUAAAUAUUCACUUUCGAAGAUGAUUGUGUAGAUUUGCUUUUCUUUCUGUUGUAAACUGUUUUCACUGAAUCUAGAGGAUUGCAAAAUGUAUGUCGAUCAGAUCAGAUUCUAUUGCUUUGCUCUCGCAAUUCAUGUUCGUUUUAUAUUUUCCUCAGAUGUAGUUUAGUGAACUUUAUUUAAGCAAAUACAAAGUAGCUACUGAAAA